AUGGCUGAAAACUAUCCCCCUGCAGACGAUGAAACUUAUCAGGAAGAGGAUGAGGAGGUCGAUGAAACGAGCUAUAAAUCCGUCAAAGAUGCCGUGCUUUUCGCCAUCGAUAUCAGCGACUCUAUGCUGGUGGCACGGCCGUCAGAGUCAGGCAAAGGAGAGCCACAAUCACCAGCAAAAGCCGCCAUCAAAUGCGCCUAUCAUCUGAUGCAACAGCGUAUCAUCUCCAACCCAAAGGAUAUGAUGGGUGUGCUGUUUUUUGGAACAGAAGCCUCGAAGUUCUACGACGAAGAUGAGAACAGUCGGGGCGGGCUUUCCUAUCCCCAUUGCUACCUGUUUACAGAUCUCGACGUCCCUGAUGCAAACGACGUGAAAAGUUUACGUGCCUUGGCCGAAGACGAUGACGCGGCGGAUCAAGUUCUAGUACCCUCAAAGGAGCGGGUCUCGAUGUCUAAUGUGCUCUUCUGUGCAAAUCAAAUAUUCACAUCUAAAGCUUCGAACUUUCUCUCCCGACGGCUCUUCAUAGUCACGGACCGUGAUAAUCCUCAUGCUGACGACCGUACAAUGCGUUCCGCAGCCACAGUGCGCGCGAAGGACUUGUAUGACUUGGGGGUGGUUAUAGAACUGUUUCCUAUCUCCAAGCCAGACCACGAAUUUGAUAGAUCCAAAUUUUAUGACGACAUCAUUUACAAAACCGCCCCCGGUGACCCAGAUGCUUCUGCUUUCACUGCAGCCGGAACCCAGGUUCCUAAUGCAGGUGGUGACGGUAUCUCGUUGCUUGAUUCCCUGUUGUCAUCCAUCAACUCUCGACUAGUUCCACGUCGAGCUCUUUUCAAAGUUCCUCUGGAAUUCAGCCCUGAUUUUAAGAUAUCUGUUACUGGAUAUCUGAUCUUCAAACGACAAGAGCCAUCCAGAAGCUGUUACGUGUGGCUUGGUGGUGAAAAGCCAGAACUAGCAAAAGGUACAACCACCCAGAUUGCGGACGACACUGCGAGAACUAUAGAGAAAUCGGAAAUACGAAAAGCGUACAAGUUUGGUGGCGAGCAAGUUUCAUUCACCCCGGAAGAGCAGGCAAAACUGCGAAACUUUGGCGAUCCUGUUAUCAGGAUCAUAGGCUUCAAACCAAUAUCAUCACUUCCAAUCUGGGCUUCUACCAAACAUCCGACGUUCAUAUACCCUUCUGACGAGGACUACGUCGGUUCCACUCGAGUAUUCUCUGCCCUUCAUCAGAAGUUAGUGCAUGACCAGAAAAUAGGCAUUGUUUGGUUUAUACCACGGCGGAAUGCAACGCCUGUCUUGGCUGCCAUGCUCCCUAGCGAAGAGAAGCUAGAUGACAAUGGCUUCCAAUUUAUUCCAUCGGGAAUGUGGAUUCUGCCCUUGCCUUUUGCAGACGAUAUCCGACAGAAUCCAGAAACAACGCUGAUGGUAGCGCCAGAACCGUUGAUUGAUCAUAUGCGGACUGUAAUUCAGCAGCUUCAGCUGCCCAAAGCCCAAUAUGACCCUCGGAAAUACCCGAAUCCUUCGUUGCAAUGGCACUAUCGCAUUCUGCAAGCGCUCGCGCUAGACGAAGAAUUGCCGGAACAAUGCGAAGACAAAACGAUUCCCAGAUACAGACAGAUUGACAAACGCGCAGGAGAUUAUGUUCUUCAAUGGGGCGACGUUCUGGAGGAGGAGUAUCAAAAAAUGUUCUCCGGUCAGCCCAAAACCUCAACGUUGGCCAAGAGAGGGAAGGCAUCCAUCGAAUCGGCCCAGGAAGGAAAGCCCGCUAAAAAGGUGAAAACCGAGAGUGGUAAUGCACAAAACGCCUCGGACGAGGUUUCAAGUCACUAUCACAGCGGUACCCUGUCCAAACUGACAAUUCCAGCGCUCAAGGAGUUUUUAAAUUCCAAGCAGCUUUCUGUCGCAGGGAAAAAGGCGGAUUUGAUUGAAAGGGUGGAAGAGUUCUAUGACAAGAAAGGCUGA